AUGUAUAUUUCUUCGCGAUCAUUACAGGAAUGUAGUGAUGAAAUGAACAGCUCUUUAAGAAAAGAUUUAGAAUGGAUGCGGGACAAUAAACUCACACUUGAACCUCAAAAUCUAAAUGCAUUCUAUUCACUAGGCAUAGGCUCCCAAAAAUUACAUCAGUAUAAAUAUAGACUCGAUUCAAAUAAAAUAUUGGAGAACAUCAAAAUUUUAGGAAUGAUAUUGGAUACAAAAUUAUCCUUUAACAAACACGUUAAUGAAAUGUUGGCUAAAUGUGAAAAAGGAAUUAAUAUCCUAAAACGAGUAACUGGCACCACUUGGGGUGCACAUCCCAAUAUCUGUCUCUCGUUUUACAAAGCCGUUAUUAGACCCCAUUUCGAUUACGGAUGUCAAAUUUAUGGAGGAAGUUCUAAAGGGAUAAUGGAUAGACUAAAUAGAAUACAAUAUGCAGCGUUAAGAAUAUGCUUGGGAGCACUGAAGUCGACACCUACAAAUUCGUUGUUGGCUGAAGCUGCAGAAGCUCCUUUAGAGAUAAGAAGACAGGUUAUAACUAAUAGGUUUUUGAUUAAAAAAUUUAAUUAUGAUCAUGCAUGGAUACACAACUGUUUAGAGCCACUUGCAGUUCUGCAUUUUGAAAAUAGAUUCUGGCACAAAAAACCAAUACCACCUUUAAUUGCUGGGUUCCAUACACUUAAACCACUAGAAGAAGAAAUGAUGGUAAAUAACAGAUUAACAUACUUCACUAUGUCUUGGAAAGGCACGUUACCUAAAAAGUACAUACAUUUAUCAGAUGAUUUUGAUAAUGAAAAGAAGAUAGACAAGAAAUUAAUAAAUCUGAAACUGAACAACUUAAUGCAUUCAAGAUGGAAAAAUUUUAUUCAAAUAUAUACCGACGGUUCAAAGACAGAUAAUGGGGUUGGAUGCGCAGUUUGGAUCCCAAGUCAAAACAAACAACUUCAAAUUAAAAUGCCCGAUUGGGCUACAAUAUUCACGGCGGAAGUGAUGGCCAUUAAUGGAGCAUUAGACCUAAUCAGGAAACAUAAAUUGAAAAAAGUUAUAAUUUUGUCAGAUAGUAAAUCUGCUUUACAUGCUUUAAAUAUACCUAAAUAUUUUGGCAAUCCACUAAUUUUCGACAGUAUUAGAAAGAUAGAAGAUUUAAUUAAACAGAAGCAUAAUAUCGAAUUAAUAUGGAUAAGAGGACAUGCGAAUAUCAUCGGAAAUGAGAUCGCGGAUGGGCUGGCCAAAGAUGCACAUAGCACACCCUCGAUUGUAAAUAAAAUUCCUGCAGUAGACCUUAAAGGAAUUGUUACAAAAAAUGGAAUGUCUCAAUGGCAAAAGGUAUUCGAUCAAGACUCACGUUUGAAGGAAGACUUUACCAAACCGUGUAACCCGAAGGUAUCGAGAAGGACAUGGUUUCAAAAUAUUAAAUGGAAUAGGAGAGAAAGACAACAAUCUGUAGACUAA